GAGCAGGCGGAUUCCCUCCGCGUUGGCCGCCGGUGUUCGGGCUCCGCGCCUGCCCGCUCCCACCUUUUUUUGUGGCGCCCCUUUUGUUCUCCUCCUUCCGGAGUGGGGAGGCUCCGGGGGACAAGAGAGGAAAGGGGCCAAAAGGGAGAAGCCGCGAAGGCCAGCAGUCGGGAAAAGGCGGCCGGCGAGAGAGAGGCGGCAGCAGGUUGUAGGAUGCUGGUGCCAGUAAGAUUAGGCCUGCCCACGUGACCUUUGCUACCAUCAUGCUGUGCCCAUGGCGGGUGAAGCUGAAGAUACUACUUGCCACAGUCACGCUGGUCUUCCUCAUCUCAUGGCUCUACCUCUUUAUGGGUAAUUUGGAUCAUGGAUGUUCUCUUAUGUUCCCUCCUUGCAUUGGGGACCAAUCGAGUCAUUACUUUGACCGCGAGGCCUUGGUGUCCCAAGUGCGAAAAGUGGAAGAGGAAAACCAGCUUUUGAGGAGGCAAUUGAGUCACUCGCAGGCCAAGGAUGAGGUGAUGGCUGAGACUGACAGUAACCAACAGGGGGCACAAGUGGUAGAGGACCAGGAUGGAAGGAACUACACAGGCUGCGCCAAGCAGAGGAUGGUUCAAAAGUGUGAGCUCCUCCAUGUUGCCAUUGUGUGUGCUGGCUACAACGCAAGUCGGGAUGUAGUUACCCUAGUGAAAUCCAUCCUUUUCCACAGGAAGAACCCUCUCCACUUCCAUCUCAUCACAGAUUCGGUGGCGCGACAGAUCCUGCAAACCCUCUUUCAGUCGUGGAUGGUGCCUUCGGUUCAUAUCAGCUUCUAUGAUGCCGAUGACUUGAAGCCAGACAUUUCCUGGAUCCCAAACAAGCACUACUCGGGAAUAUAUGGAUUGAUGAAGCUGACGCUCACCAAAGCGCUUCCCUCCAACCUUUCCAAGGUCAUUGUACUGGACACGGACAUCACUUUUGCCACUGACAUUGCUGAACUGUGGGCUGUCUUUGGGAAGUUCUCAGACAAACAGGUGAUUGGGUUGGUGGAAAACCAAAGUGACUGGUACCUGGGAAACCUCUGGAAGAACCAUAAACCAUGGCCAGCAUUGGGACGUGGCUUCAAUACAGGAGUUAUCCUUCUGUUGCUGGAACGCUUGCGCCGAAUUGGCUGGGAGCAGAUGUGGCGGCUGACAGCAGAAAGGGAACUCAUGAGCAUGCUGUCCACCUCGCUGGCAGACCAGGACAUCUUUAAUGCGGUGAUCAAACAGAGUCCCGCACUGGUUUACCAACUCCCUUGCUUCUGGAAUGUGCAGCUCUCCGAUCAUACACGUUCAGAGCAGUGCUACACAGAGGUGUCUGAUCUGAAGGUAAUUCACUGGAACUCUCCCAAGAAGUUGCGAGUGAAGAACAAGCACGUGGAGUUCUUCCGAAACCUCUACUUGACCUUCUUAGAGUAUGAUGGGAACCUUCUGCGCAGAGAGCUCUUCGGCUGUGCCAGUCUGCCCAGCUUGACCAGUGGACAGCUCCAACAGGCUUUAGAGGAACUGGAUGAAGAUGAUCCUUGUUACGAUUUUCGGAGACAGAGCCUUAUUCAGCACCGUGUGCAUCUCUUCUUCCUCCAGUAUGACUUUCCGGCCUCAACUGAUGCAGCAGAUGUUACUCUCAUUGCUCAGCUGUCCAUGGACAGGCUGCAGAUGUUGGAAGCCAUUUGCAAACACUGGACGGGCCCCAUCAGCCUGGCAUUGUAUCUGUCGGAUGCAGAGGCCCAGCAGUUCCUGCGUUAUGCCCAGGCCUCGGAGGUGCUGAGUAACCGUAGGAAUGUUGCCUACCACAUUGUGUACAAGGAAGGGCAGUUUUACCCAGUGAACUUCUUGCGCAAUGUAGCAUUGAAGAAUGCACAGACGUCCCAUGUCUUUUUGACUGAUAUUGACUUCCUGCCUAUGUAUGGCCUUUAUGAUUACCUCAGGACCUCAGUUGUGCAGCUGGAGCUGCCCGAAAGGAAAGCCGCAUUCAUUGUGCCAGCAUUUGAGACUCUGCAUUACCGCCUGACCUUUCCCAAAUCCAAAGCGGAGCUGGUCUCCAUGUUGGACAUGGGCUCCCUUUAUACCUUCAGGUACCAUGUUUGGCCACAGGGCCAUGCACCAACAGACUAUGCCAAGUGGCGGACAGCUACUGUGCCAUAUCAAGUGGAAUGGCAGCCACACUUUGAGCCUUACGUUGUAGUAAGGCGUGACUGUCCCCUGUAUGACCAGAGAUUUGUGGGCUUUGGCUGGAACAAGGUGUCACAUAUAAUGGAGCUUGAUGCCCAGGAAUAUGAACUGCUGGUCCUACCCAAUGCCUUCAUGGUCCACAUGCCUCAUGCCCCCAGUUUCGACAUCUCCAAAUUCCGCCGGAGCUCUGCCUACAGAGACUGCCUGAAAACCCUGAGAGAAGAGUUCCAUCAGGACAUGUCACGCAAGUAUGGGGCUGCUGCACUCAAGUACCUCACGGCUGAGAGAAAUCUGUGAAAGGAAACCUGGACACCAAAGGACUGUCUGCAUAAGAGUUUCAGAGGGACAAGGCUCUCCCAGGAGAGGUUCAAACCUGCACCAAAGUCUCCUUCCCAGUGGUUGUGUGAUGCCACAAACUAGGAAAGGUUGUGUUAAGUUCAGGGGAAAUAACUACUUUUUAUGGUUAUGCAUAUUCAAUGGCAAACAAAUCUAAAUUCCACUCUUGUCUAACUUAGAAUAAGUACCUUGAUAUGCACCUGCAGAUUGUUUCAAAAAUGAGGGAAAGAAAUGUAGGACUCUUAAUCCCUACCACUAUGAAACAUGCUCAAGAGCAGUGGUUCUCAACCUGUGGGUCCCCAGAUGUUUUGGCCUUCAACUCCCAGAAAUCCUCACAGCUGGUAAACUGGCUAGGAUUUCUGGGAAUUUGAAACCAAAUCACCUGUGGACCCAGAGGUUUAGAACCACUGCUCUAGAAAAAGGGCUUAUAAUUCUGUGAUAAACUCAAAGAUCUAAACUUCCACUGUGUUGCUGUUCCAUAUCAGUCUAAUUAGUACUUUUCAUUCUAAUUUUGUACCAAAUUCUCUAUUCGUGUUUUUGCACUUGCAUAUUUUGUAAGUUGAGAUGAUCAGUGGCAAACCUAGUCAUUAUAGAUAAAUAUGAUUUACAGCAUCAAAGAUGAGAUACUCCUAUAUAUCACUUGCUGGGAGCAUCCAUGAGAGGUGUUGCUUGAUGAUUUCUUGUAAGCAUCCAGUUGCCACUAUGUGAAGAGAAUGCUGGGCUAGAGAGAGGUUUGGUUUGAUCCAGCAUGGCAUAUCUCAUUUUAUAUCAACAUUUUCCCUAUUUCUUGUUAUGAUUUCUUUAAAACCAGAUCUGAAGUUAGACAACUAGGGUUAAAUUAUUUAUAUUAAUUCAGUGUAUGCAAAGGUUCAUUUAUUGUUCUAGCAGAAAGUGUGGGCUCUGAAUUCUGUCCAUCUCAGUGGGUCUAGAAGUCCUUCAUUUCAAUUGGGUUCCCUAUUUUCCAUGGUUUUGUGUAUCCGCACAAAAUCCAGGAAUGUAUCCCUUGUGGAUAUGAGGGCUAUACUGUAUGCCUUUGAUAUGACGUAUGUCCCAAGUGUUAUUUCACAAGCAUUUAUUUUUAUAUGAUAAAAAAGCAAAAUUUUAAAAAAACCAUGGGCACAAGUAUGGACCCUAUAUCUUUUUCAAGUGUGGCUUAUUAUCAAGUGGCCUUGAAAAGUUUAUGAGAAGUGGUUUUAAUGACGGGCCUUCUGCUGUCCCUUUUCUGCAUUCUGCCAUUAAAAAGGCACAUACACUAUCUUCUUUACAUUGAACUUAAUGGCUAUUGUGGCUAAUAGCUCAGAUGUAAUCUUAAUAGUACACAUCAUUGCCAAGGAAUCUUUCCCCCUUUCUUGGGAGGAAAUCAGAAGUUGCAUCUGAUCUUCUCUCCCAGGGAGCUGGAAUAUGGCCUUGCACUGCUGUUUUCUUCUAAAUGGUUCCUCAUAUUCUCUUUGUUUUAACAUCAGGGCCGAGUACUACACAUUUGAUCUGCACAAUAUCUUCCUACAUGAGAAUUGAAGGGAGCUGUUAUUGUUGGUGUGUGCCUUCAAGCAAUUUCUGACUUAUGAUGACCAUGAGGUUAGCCCAUCCUGGGGUUUUCUUGGCAGGAUUUGUUCAGAGUGGUUUUGUCAUUGUCUUCAUCUGAGGCUGACUUGCCCAUGGCUGAAUCAGGAUUAGAAGCAUGGUCACCAGAGUCAUAGUCCAGCACUCAAACCUCUGCACCACACUAGCUUUUAUCAGUGAAAACUUUCUCUGGAAAGGGCUUUUCCUCCUAUUGGAAAGUGAGAAGGUGGAUUUCAGGAGGCAUCACCAUGCUAUUAAUGAGCGCUGCAGCUGAACGUCUGCGCUGGGAGCAGCAUCAGCCCAGCCUUGGUUCAUGGAUAUCAAACACUGGAACAGGGGGUGGGUGGGCGGGCAUAAUGUGCAAGCACUUUCUCGCUUGCUAUUUAUAUAAUUUAAAGUGAUUUUCUGUAAGGUGUAAAUGAUUUGGGGGAGUUAUAAAUUUUCUAAUGGUUUCUUAUUCUCUCUUUAGACCUGGAGUAUUUCCAGGGCCUCCUGCUGCUAGAUUCUAGUUUCUCCUUUGAUUUCCUGGUAUUAUGCAAGAGUCCCAAAGUGUGGGACUGGAUUUUUUCUGUCCCAAGGUGAGCAGGCUCCUGCAAAUAUUGAAAGUGAUUCAAAUAGAGUAUUGUAAAGAAUGUGCAUAGAUACUGUCUGCCUUUUAAAAAAGAAAUUAAAGGUUUUAAACAUUGUUUUUCAA